CUUAAAGUCAUCAGCGCCCCACUGUGGAAUUCAAACCUAAGCUUGUCACAAUUGUUAACACCUUCUUUGACCAGGCUUUUUAUAUUUGACAAUUAUUCUCUCCUGCGCUUCUUUCUUGCCGGCAGUAAAGUUCUGCGGUCUUGGUUUUAGCGAGUACCCUACACACCGAACAGCUCCUUCGAGUGCAGAAGUCCGGGGAAGAUUUCUACCGGCCCGCCGGGUUUGCAGGAUGCCGGUGCAGCUAACGACAGCCCUGCGUGUGGUGGGCACCAGCUUGUUUGCCCUAGCAGUGCUGGGUGGCAUCCUGGCAGCCUAUGUGACGGGCUACCAGUUUAUACACACAGAAAAGCACUACCUGUCCUUUGGCCUGUACGGUGCCAUCCUGGGCCUGCACCUGCUCAUUCAGAGCUUGUUUGCCUUCCUGGAGCACCGACGCAUGAGGCGGGCUGGCCGGCCGCUGAAGCUGCCCUCUCUGCCACGCGCCUCGGUGGCACUCUGCAUCGCUGCCUACCAGGAGGACCCUGACUACUUGCGCAAGUGCCUGCGCUCGGCUCAGCGCAUUGCUUUCCCUAACCUCAAAGUGGUCAUGGUGGUGGAUGGCAACCGCCAGGAGGACACCUACAUGCUGGACAUCUUCCAUGAGGUGUUGGGUGGCACUGAGCAAGCCGGCUUCUUUGUGUGGCGCAGCAACUUCCAUGAGGCAGGUGAGGGUGAGACUGAAGCCAGCCUGCAGGAAGGCAUGCACCGUGUGCAGGACGUGGUACGGGCCAGCACUUUCUCAUGCAUCAUGCAGAAGUGGGGAGGCAAGCGCGAGGUCAUGUACACAGCCUUCAAGGCUCUUGGUGAUUCAGUGGACUACAUCCAGGUGUGUGACUCUGACACUGUGCUGGAUCCAGCCUGUACCAUUGAGAUGCUUCGCGUCCUGGAGGAGGAUCCCCAAGUAGGGGGAGUCGGGGGAGAUGUUCAAAUCCUCAACAAGUAUGAUUCAUGGAUCUCCUUCCUGAGCAGUGUGCGGUACUGGAUGGCCUUCAACGUGGAGCGGGCCUGCCAGUCCUACUUUGGCUGCGUGCAGUGUAUUAGUGGGCCCUUGGGCAUGUACCGCAACAGUCUCCUGCAACAAUUCCUGGAGGACUGGUACCACCAGAAGUUCCUAGGCAGCAAGUGCAGCUUUGGGGAUGAUCGGCACCUCACCAACCGAGUCCUGAGCCUUGGCUACCGGACUAAGUACACAGCACGCUCCAAGUGCCUCACAGAGACCCCCACCAAGUACCUCCGUUGGCUCAACCAGCAGACCCGCUGGAGCAAGUCUUACUUCCGGGAGUGGCUCUACAACUCUCUGUGGUUCCAUAAGCACCACCUCUGGAUGACCUAUGAAUCAGUGGUCACGGGCUUCUUUCCAUUCUUCCUCAUUGCCACGGUCAUACAGCUUUUCUACCGUGGUCGCAUCUGGAACAUUCUCCUUUUCCUGUUGACGGUGCAGCUAGUGGGCAUUAUCAAGGCCACCUACGCCUGCUUCCUUCGGGGCAAUGCAGAGAUGAUAUUCAUGUCCCUCUAUUCCCUUCUCUAUAUGUCCAGCCUCCUGCCGGCCAAGAUCUUUGCCAUUGCUACCAUCAACAAGUCUGGCUGGGGCACUUCUGGCCGAAAAACUAUUGUGGUAAACUUCAUUGGCCUCAUCCCUGUGUCCAUCUGGGUGGCAGUCCUUCUGGGGGGGCUGGCUUACACAGCUUAUUGUCAAGACCUGUUCAGCGAGACAGAGUUAGCCUUUCUUGUCUCGGGGGCUAUCCUGUAUGGCUGUUACUGGGUGGCCCUCCUCAUGCUGUAUCUGGCUAUCAUCGCUCGGAGAUGUGGGAAGAAGCCAGAGCAGUAUAGCUUGGCUUUUGCUGAGGUGUGAUAUAGCCCCCUGUCAGGGCGGGAAAAAGUGCAAUGGAUAAGGGAGGGAAGGGAAAUGAAAAGAUAGGGUGGGAGGGAGAAGGGAGUGAUGUAUUUUAAUUUCUUAAUGGUCUAAUGGACAAAUCUGAAGUAUAAAGAAUGACUACUGCAGUAUGGCCUGGGGCAGCUCUGCCUAGAGGAGGCAAACAAACUCCUCAGGCUAAGGGCAGAGGGGGGCUUGUUUCCAGGCUGCCUGUUGGCUUCUGCACACAGGCAGUGGACCCUAGGAGAGAUUUCCACUUCCUCCUCCUAGGAUCCAGAGGCAACUCAGAAGUGUGCUAAACCAAACACUAAGUUCUAUUCAGUGGCAACUUCUGAUGGGUGAGUGAAUGACAGCUUGUGGGAAGGGUUCUCCUAGUCCGUCUGAACACACCAGAGGAAGUAGGAGAAUUCCCACUGACAGAUCUGGGCCAGCUAGUAAUGCCCACCCCCCUCACCUCCAUCUAGUCAUCAAUGCAAUAAGAUUGUGCCUGAGAUACAAGGCCCAGAGGCCUGGUCUUUGGGCAUCAGAAAACAGGGUCCAGGAAUGGUGCUUUAUUGUGUGAUAUACCCCACCCCGCAUCUCAAUAUCCCAGGGAUCAGCCCAACCAGACGGGUGUUAGCAUUUACUGGCUUUUAAACAUGUACAUAUAUGUAUGUUGAAAAGGAAAGUGUGCCAGGGGGAGCAAAGAGAUUGUGGUGGUGCUAAAGGCCAAGAGCUAUAUGGAGGCCUUGGGCUGAAUGUGUUCCAAGUAGAAGCUGCCCAGACCUAGCUUGUCAGUGAUCUCUGUUGGGGAGAUGUUUUGGUCAUCUACCAGGAAAGUUACACCUCACCAUGCUCAGAAAGGAAGUGAGGUCUCAGGUGCAUACAUACUCCUGAAUUCCUCUCAAAUUCAGCUCUGAUCUGGGUGUAAAACAGCCUCCUUGAUUCACUUCCUUCAAGGGUUAUGUUUCUUUGGCUAACUAGUCACCUCUUGCAUCCUCAUCACAGCUAAGUUUUUCAAGAUAGCAACUGGGGCAGAACCUGCGCUUACAGGUCCCUCUUACAAUAGGCAAGCCUGCCCUCAGCACAUAUGGGAAGCACUAUUAGGAACCUCUGGCCGAAACUGGCUGCAAUCCUGGGACUGCUUGGACAGAGGUUCUUCAGCAGGUGGUUAGCAUGUGUGGCUUUCAGUCUACAGUUCAUGACGAUUCUCUCCAGCGAAAAGCUUUUCAGCGUUCCCUAAAUGAGUCCUCAAACCCAGGCUGCUCACCUUUGAGACUGUCCAUUCUCAGUGACUUCUCCACGGAAUUCUUACAGCCAGGUUCUGGAGUCAUUAUUGCAUUUGCUUGCUUCUUUCCAGAAACCACACUAGGAGAUGAACUGUUUCCUAAAUCCUGA